CGGACGCAGCGAAUGAGCGCAAGAUAGUCCAACCGUGGAUAGAGAUAGACCAAAUAAAAUAGGAACCUCCAGGGAUCAAACUCAUGGCUAAAUGUCAAUGAUCGGUGCAGUCUAUAUGCGAUCCUGUCGACUCCACGUAUCCAAUCAUUCUCGUCCACCGUGCACUCGAUGUGUCAAUCCCAUCCAGCAUAUCCAUAGUACAAAGAAAAACAAAAAUUCUCUCUAUAUCUCUGUAUAUAGUUAUGUCCUGCAAUUCCCUUGAAACCUUUAGCUACCGACCAAGAAAUAUUUUAAGUGGAUGAGUGCUGAUGAAAAGGUGGAAAUUUUUCAUUGUACUCUCUGUUUGUUUGCUUUUGUAUUUGGAACUGGUUAAAGACGCAUGAUAUUAUUUUGGCCCGAGCUUAAAAACGAAAAAGGAUUCGCAUUACAGAAUCCCAGUUGACGUGAUAUGAAAAGUAGGCAGCGUUGUCAAUGCUUUUGUAGUGCGAAAUAUUGUGUUUGGUGUUGAAUUACAAUGUAUUUUGUUCCUGCUUGGGCUUCCAUCGAUGAAAUGGGUUAUGCCAUGAGUAGACUGGAGAUUGAUUCUGAUCCUUGUGAUGGAGGUAGAAACAUAAAUGAAAUUGGUAAUGGCCAGAGAUCCAAUAAAUCAUUGACUAAUUUAGAUCAUGAAAUUUCCCUCAAUACAAAGUUGAAAUCAAGGCCCCAUGACCGGCUAGCCCAAGUGAUACCUGGAAAGAGGGAGUAUGCUGUUUCCACAGUUAAGAUGCUGGCAGGUCGAGAGGGCAAUUAUUCAGGGAGAGGGAGGUUCUCUGCAGCUGAUCGUUGUCAUAUGCUUGGAAGAUAUUUGCCAGUCAAUGGCCCUUGGCUUAUUGACCAGAUGACGAGCAGGGCCUAUGUCUCACAAUUUUCAGCUGAUGGUUCUCUAUUUGUUGCUGGGUUUCAGGGAAGCCACAUUAGAAUAUAUAAUGUAGAGAAAGGAUGGAAAGUUCAGAAGAACAUUCUUGCCAAAAGUUUGCGUUGGACAGUUACUGAUACAUCUCUUUCACCAGAUCAACGCUAUCUUGUCUAUGCCAGCAUGUCGCCUAUUGUCCAUAUUGUUGAUAUUGGAUCUUCAGCAACAGAGUCACUUGCAAACAUCACGGAUAUCCAUGAUGGAUUGGACUUCUCUGCUGAUGAUGAUGGAGGUUAUUCUUUUGGAAUCUUCUCUGUGAAAUUUUCUACUGAUGGACGUGAGCUUGUUGCAGGAAGUAGUGAUGAUUCAAUAUAUGUAUAUGACCUUGAAGCAAAUAAGCUUUCACUUCGAAUUUCAGCACAUGCAUCUGAUGUUAACACUGUAUGUUUUGCUGAUGAAAGUGGCCAUCUUAUCUAUUCUGGGAGUGAUGAUAAUCUCUGUAAGGUAUGGGAUAGGCGGUGCUUUAUUGCAAGAGGAAAGCCAGCAGGAGUCCUAAUGGGACACCUAGAAGGCAUUACAUUCCUUGACAGCCGUGGAGAUGGUCGUUAUCUUAUCACGAAUGGCAAGGAUCAGACCAUCAAACUUUGGGAUAUCCGGAAAAUGGCUUCUAAUGCUACUUGCAAUUUAGGGCUCAGGAAUUAUGAAUGGGACUACAGAUGGAUGGACUAUCCUCCACAGGCAAGAGAUUUGAAACACCCAGGUGAUCAGUCUGUGGCUACAUAUAGAGGUCAUUCAGUCUUGCGUACUCUCAUUCGCUGCUACUUUUCCCCCGCGUAUAGUACUGGCCAAAAGUACAUAUACACUGGCUCUCAUGACUCUUGCAUUUAUGUAUAUGACUUGGUUACGGGAGACCAAGUUGCAGUACUCAAACACCAUAAAUCACCUGUAAGGGAUUGUAGUUGGCACCCGUAUUAUCCAAUGCUCGUCAGCUCUUCAUGGGAUGGUGAUAUUGUGAAAUGGGAAUUUCCUGGAAAUGGAGAAGCUCCAAUUCCUGCAGUAAAGAAAAGAUCUUGGAGACGACAAUUUGAUUGAAAAAUAACUUGUCAUAUCUUCUCCUGUUUAUAAUAUUAUGAAGUAAAAUAUAUGUUGUUUGUGUAGUAAUUCGCUUUCUCUCCAAACUCAAAUAAUAUGUAAUUAGCGUGUAACAUGAAUAAUUAAUUUUUUUACAUCCACAAGAUUCGAAUUGUACAUAAAUAAACACCAAUUUGAAGAUUUUUAUACAUUUAGUUAUUGAAGCA